AUGGCAAAAUACAACAAUACGACAGGCCAGCCGCUUGACAGCAAGAAGGCCGCCAGCACCGAAAAUAGAUUCACGUCUUUUUCGCUGUCCCCCCGGGACCAGCGGCGUAGCAGGCCGAUGGCGCACCAGAUCAUGCCGAUGGCGUACAGCGAGCACCCCCACGCCACGCCGAGGAUGAUGUCGGCGUUGCGGUCCCAGGGGGCCAAGGCCGCGCCCGAGGUGUCGGCGAAGGGCUCCGAGAGAGAGAGGUUCUGGCCCAUGGUGCUGGUUGGUUGUUGGAAAGAACGUCAGGAUGAGAAGCGAAGGGGAUUGCGACCAGCGACCAGCGACCAGCACUCUCUUGCCCAAACAAUUCAGACGAUACGGAGAAACGGUGAUGGCCGAAAUGGAGAAAAGCGAGAAGGCGAACAAAAAGGAGACCUGAAAGAAGACGGGGAUCACACCAUCUUGAACCGGUCCUGCGGCCCCGGCCGGGAGAUGAUGGGGUUCUCAGGAUGGGAAAGUCAGACAGAGUCUGGUUGA